UUAUUUCAUGUUUAUUUCUUUGAUUAAUUUUACCCAUUUUACAUUUAUUUUACUCCAAAAAUGUAUUUUUCACGCUUGUUUUUUGUAAAUUAUAUUUUAUUAUUAGUGUCUCUACUUCUUUUUACCCAAUUGGUGCAAUGUACUAAAAAAAAACAACAUAAAAAGUAUCAUUUGUACUUUAAUCACACCCUGUUCCGUGGUGUACCAGUUACCAUGGCUCAUUUGAAGUUUUUCAUCAAUCUACCAGAAUUUUAUGAGGUUAGAUUUUGGAGACCACCGAAGAGCCUAUUCUGUCCAGUGGAGUUCCAAGUCAGUCAAAAUGAUAAACUUAUGUUUUUACAAGACGCAGCAAAAGAAGGAGUUUUUGUCACCACCAUUAUAGAGGAUGUGCAGAAAGCUUUCGACUACCAGGCUUCAUACCGUAAGAAGUACAUUCGGUAUCGGCUAGCCACUUUUACUUGGGACACCUAUCACGAUUUGGAAGACAUCUACCAUUGGUUGACAGACUUGGCUGCAGCAUUCCCCAACAUACUAGAUCUGACCAGCAUUGGUGAAAGCACUGAAGGCCGCCAUAUCUUAGCUUUGGAGUACAAUAAAAGAAAGUCAGGGGGUGUACCAACAGCCAUUGUGGAAGGAGGUAUACAUGGCCAUGAGUGGAUCUCGGUGGCAUUUGUUACGUAUCUGAUUUUCAAUUUGGUGUACUCUGAUGAUUUGAAGGCUGAAGGUAAUGAGAGAUUGUUUGAAAUAGCAGAUAAUUAUCGUUGGUAUUUGAUACCGGUUGCUAAUCCAGAUGGAUAUCACUACUCGUUUACAAAGGAUCGUUUGUGGAAAAAGAACAGAAGAAACUACGGCCGUGGACAGGGAAUCAAUUUGAACAAAAAUUUCGACGUCAGUUUCGGAAAGUACGAUGCAAGUAAGGAAGAAAUGGAUGACAACUAUUGUGGUCCAGAACCUUUCUCUGAAAAAGAAUCUAUGGCUCUGGCCAAGUUUAUAAAUGAAACGAGAAAUUUGAAAUUUUACUUCGCUUUCCAUUCGUACGGAGAAAAGAUAAUUAUACCUUACGACAAUAACCAAGAACACGUGGGAAACUACGAUGCUAUGAAAAAAUAUGCUCUUCAUGCUGCUGACGAUAUCUGCUCCGAGCACGGAUGCGUUUUUGAAGUAGGAACUUACGCUGAUCUUCAUAAUGGUGCCUUGGCAUCUGGCACAAGUACUACGUGGGUCAAAACUAAAUUCAAUACUGAAUACGUUUUCACAUUUGAGCUAAGAGAUGAUGGCACUUACGGCUUCGCCCUACCCGCUGAUCAAAUUGAGUCUACAUGCAGAGAGACCCUGAAAGGGUUGCUAACCAUCAUGACCUUUGGCCCUGUACCACGGACUACGGUUCCUCAGAGAGAUUUCAGGCGUAUUACUGGACCAGACUUGGAGCCUGAUCAAAUUCCGGAAGUGGUUGAGACGGAAUACGUCCAAGGGCCGCCGCGUAGGACCAUCGUUGUACGCGAGAGUGAUGCGUCUAAUAAUUGUGUAUCUGUAUACUUGGGGAUGAGUAUUUGUUUGAUUAAAUUAUUUUUGGUUUGAAA